CUCCUCCCCCUGCCCUACUCCUUUCAGUUCCCUGACCGAGUUUCGGGGUGUCUCGGGCCUGGCCUGGCCCGGCUCCCUCUGGCGGCGCCGAGCGUCCCGGGCUGAGCUCCAAGGCAGCGCUGGGAGAUGUCCCGGCCGAGCAGCGUCUCGCCCCGGCCUCCGGGGAGCGGGCCCACAAGCGGAGGCCCCUCUACCGCCUCUUCGUCGUCCUCCUGCUCCGGCGGCGGUCGCGCCAAGGGGCUGAAGGAUAUUCGUAUUGACGAAGAAGUGAAAAUCGCUGUGAAUAUCGCUCUGGAGCGGUUUCGGUAUGGGGACCAGCGAGAAAUGGAUUUUCCUUCAUCAUUGACCAGUACUGAGAGAGCUUUUAUUCAUCGACUAAGUCAAUCUCUUGGUUUGAUUUCUAAAAGUAAAGGGAAAGGAGCGAACAGAUACCUGACUGUGAAGAAAAAAGAUGGAUCCGAAUUGGCACAUACAGUGAUGACCUGUAAUUUGAUUCCAAACACAAAACAUGCUAUUAGAAGUUUAAUACAGAGAUUUCCUGUAACCAAUAAAGAACGCACAGAACUUCUACCAAAGACAGAGAGGGGAAAUGUAUUUGCUGUUGAAGCUGAGAAUAGAGAAAUGAGCAAAACAAGCGGGCGUCUUAACAAUGGCAUCCCUCAGAUCCCAGUGAAACGGGGAGAAUCGGAAUUUGAUUCAUUUCGGCAGUCUCUUCCAGUUUAUGAAAAGCAGGAUGAAAUUGUUAGAGUUAUUAAAGAAAAUAAAGUCAUUUUGAUUGUUGGGGAAACUGGAUCUGGAAAAACUACUCAGAUACCUCAAUUUCUACUUGACGACUGUUACAAAAAUGGCAUACCGUGCCGCAUAUUUUGCACUCAACCAAGACGGUUAGCAGCAAUUGCUGUGGCUGAAAGAGUUGCUGCUGAAAGAAGAGAGAAGAUUGGCCAGACUAUUGGUUAUCAGAUCCGAUUAGAAAGCAGGGUUUCUCCAAAAACACUCUUAACAUUUUGCACCAACGGUGUAUUACUUCGUACACUAAUGGCAGGAGAUAGUGCAUUGUCUACUGUAACUCAUGUUAUUGUGGAUGAAGUCCAUGAAAGAGAUCGAUUCAGUGAUUUUUUGUUAACAAAAUUAAGAGAUAUGCUACAAAAACAUUCGUCAUUAAAACUCAUACUUUCUAGUGCUGCUCUUGAUGUGAACCUCUUUGUCAGAUAUUUUGGAGGCUGUCCAGUGAUAUAUAUUCCAGGAAGACCAUUUGAAGUAAAGGAGAUGUUUUUAGAAGACUUAUUAAGAAGUACAGGCUAUACAAAUAAAGAGAUGAUCAAAUAUAAAAAGGAAAAACAGCGAGAAGAAAAACAACAGACAACUUUGACUGAGUGGUAUUCCGCACAAGAUAAUAGCAAACCUGAAUUGCAACGACAGAGGGCAGUUCCAAAUGUAGCUGAAGAAUAUGAGCUGCUGGAUGAUGGAGGUGACACAGUCUUCAGUCAAUUGGCUGAAAAAGAUGUGAAUUGUCUUGAACCUUGGCUAAUUAAAGAAAUGGAUGCUUGCCUUUCUGAUAUUUGGCUGCAUAAGGAUAUUGAUGCUUUUGCACAGGUGUUUCAUCUUAUUUUAACUGAAAAUGUCAGUGUUGAUUACAGGCACAGUGAAACAAGUGCAACAACAUUAAUGGUAGCUUCUGGAAGAGGUUUCUUGAAUCAAGUAGAACAGCUGAUUGGUAUGGGAGCAAAUGUUCAUAUCAAAUCAUCCAAUGGCUGGACAGCUUUGGAUUGGGCUAAACACUUCGGGCAUACAGAAGUAAUUGACCUGCUAGAAUCCUAUUGUGCCUCAUUAGAGUCUGGUAAUUUAGAUGAAAGUUCCUUGGUCCAUGCUAAUGCUAGUGAACUUAGUGCAGAAGAUCGAGAACUCCUGAAAGCUUACCACCACAGUUUUGAUGAUGAAAAGGUAGAUCUUGACCUGAUCAUGCACCUACUAUACAAUAUCUGUCAUAGCUGUGAUGCAGGUGCAGUUUUAAUUUUUCUUCCUGGAUAUGAUGAGAUAGUUGGAUUGAGAGAUCGCAUACUAUUUGAUGACAAGAGAUUUGCUGAUAAUGCUCACAGAUUCCAGGUGUUUAUGCUGCACUCAAAUAUGCAGACAACUGACCAGAAAAAGGUUCUUAAGACUUCUCCUCCAGGCAUACGCAAAAUAAUACUUUCUACAAAUAUUGCAGAAACCAGUAUUACAGUAAAUGAUGUUGUUUUUGUGAUUGACUCAGGAAAAAUGAAAGAGAAGUCCUUUGAUGCACUGAAUUGUGUAACUAUGCUUAAGAUGGUGUGGAUUUCUAAAGCAAGUGCUGUUCAGAGGAAGGGCAGGGCAGGACGUUGUCGACCUGGAAUUUGUUUUCGACUUUUCAGUAGACUAAGAUUUCAAAAUAUGUUGGAAUUUCAGACUCCUGAACUUCUAAGAAUGCCUCUACAAGAGCUUUGUUUACAUACAAAAUUGCUAGCUCCCAUCAAUUGUCCAAUUGCUGACUUCUUAAUGAAAGCUCCAGAGCCACCUCCUGCUUUAAUUGUGCGAAAUGCUGUGCAGAUGCUUAAGACCAUAGAUGCUAUGGACACCUGGGAAGAUUUAACAGAACUUGGCUAUCAUCUGGCUGACUUACCUGUAGAGCCCCAUCUUGGGAAAAUGGUGCUAUGCGCUGUUGUUCUGAAGUGCCUGGAUCCUAUUCUGACCAUUGCCUGCACUCUUGCAUAUCGUGAUCCUUUUGUGCUGCCCACGCAGGCUUCUCAAAAACGUGCAGCCAUGCUGUGUAGAAAACGAUUUACUGCAGGAACAUUUAGUGACCAUAUGGCCCUUCUUCGGGCUUUCCAGGCAUGGCAGAAAGCACGUAGUGAUGGCUGGGAAAGAGCUUUUUGUGAGAAGAACUUCCUUUCUCAGGCAACCAUGGAGAUUAUCAUAGGAAUGAGAACACAGUUGCUUGGGCAGCUAAGAGCAUCAGGUUUUGUUAGAGCCAGAGGUGGUGGUGAUAUAAGGGAUGUGAACACAAACUCAGAAAAUUGGGCUGUAGUUAAAGGAGCCUUAGUAGCUGGAAUGUAUCCAAAUAUAGUUCAUGUUGACAGAGAGAAUGUAGUUUUGACUGGGCCAAAAGAGAAAAAAGUCCGUUUUCAUCCUACAUCUGUUCUUAGCCAGCCCCAGUAUAAAAAGAUUCCUCCUGCAAAUGGCCAAGUAGCAGCUAUUCAGGCACUCCCCACUGACUGGCUUAUAUAUGAUGAAAUGACAAGAGCCCACCGAAUAGCCAAUAUCAGGUGCUGCUCAGUUGUGACUCCAGUCACAGUGGCCCUCUUCUGUGGAUCAGCUAGGUUGCCAAGUAAUGCUUUACAGGAGCCUUCUUCCUUCCGAGUUGAUGGUGUCCCUAAUGAUAGCAGUGAUAGUGAAAUGGAGGAUCGAACAACUGCAAACUUGGCUGCUUUAAAAUUGGAUGAGUGGCUCAAUUUCAAACUAGAUCCAGAGGCUGCUAGCCUUCUCCUGCAGUUAAGACAAAAAUGGCAUAGUUUAUUUCUGCGACGCAUGAGAGCUCCUUCAAAGCCAUGGUCUCAAGUUGAUGAGGCGACAAUACGAGCAAUCAUUGCCGUUUUGAGCACCGAGGAACAAUCUGCAGGUCUGCAGCAACCUUCAGGAAUUGGGCAAAGACCAAGACCUAUGUCAUCUGAAGAACUUCCCUUAGCGUCUUCUUGGAGAUCAAACACCAGUCGAAAAAGCUCAGGAGAAUCAGAGUUUGCAGAUGAUGCUUUUAAUUCAGAAAGAAAUACCCCCAAAGGAACAUUAAGCUAUGAUAUAAACAAAGAACAGAACAAUACAAUAUUAAGAGUGUUAAUGAAGUCUACAUCUCCAGCAUUUCACCAACCACUGAAAUACAAAGAAAGAGGUGUUCUGCAUUCCAAACGAAGCACAGACGACAGGGCAGACCAGGCAUCUGUGAAAUCUACAGAUAGCAUCAGCUAUCCCAGCCCCUGUGCUAGUCCUUCUCCUCCAUCAUCUGGGAAGGGUUCCAAGUCUCCUUCUCCAAGGCCAAAUAUGCCAAUUCGGUACUUUAUUAUGAAAAGCAGCAAUUUAAGGAAUCUUGAGAUCUCACAACAGAAGGGGAUUUGGUCUACAACUCCAAGUAAUGAGAGAAAACUGAACCGUGCUUUUUGGGAAAGUAGUGUUGUUUCCUUGGUAUUUUCUGUUCAGGGAUCAGGACAUUUUCAGGGCUUUGCUCGAAUGUCUUCCGAGAUAGGCCGUGAAAAAAGUCAGGACUGGGGUUCUACUGGAUUAGGGGGAGUGUUCAAAGUGGAAUGGAUUCGGAAGGAAAGUCUUCCUUUUCAGUUUGCUCAUCAUUUGCUCAACCCCUGGAAUGACAAUAAGAAAGUACAGAUAAGCCGAGAUGGCCAGGAACUGGAACCUCAGGUUGGUGAACAGUUGUUACAACUGUGGGACCGUAUUCCUUUAGGGGAGAGAAACACAGCUGAUUGAAAAUAAAAGGGCAGAUUUGGAGUUGCACCUCAUAUGAGGUCAUUCUAAAAUCACCAAUCCUCCUACAGAAAAGAAAUACCAUAAUGAAUAGAAUUGAAGGAAACCAGUGGCAUUUUUCAAGCACAGACUGAACCGAAUGGGCUGCUGUUACUUUUCACUAGGAAAUUUGUUCUUCGCCUUGGAAGUUCCACUGUUUGGACACCAAAUCAGACAGAAGCACCUGGUGAACUAUGAAUAAUGUUGUAAUUAUAUUUAAUACGUCUUUGGAGAAAUAGCUAAGUCUACAGUACAUAAGUAUUGUGUUUUUUUUUCAAUAAGGUCCUGUUCAGAAAUGCUAAGGGAAAAAUAAGCAGCAUAGAAGUAUAAAGAUCUGAACUAAUUUUACUGUUGGAGUAAAUAUAUAAAUGAGGGCUUCCUCUCUAUUUAAACUUGAAUCAAACUAUUUAAAACUGUCUGCAUUUUAAGGGUCCCUUUUUUCAAAGCUGGUUUCAGGGUGUUUAGUCUACAUUCUGUCUAGUAUGAGUUCACAAAAAUAGUGUUGGAUAUUUUUGUAUAUUCUAGUAGCAGGUGGACCAGAACUAAUUUCUUCAGUAUCAGAGAAAAGGAUACUUGAAAAAACCAUGUGGUCUUAACCAUGUAACAGCCACAAGUACUUUUUUUUCCUCUUUCCCACCUUUUAAAAUUUUUCUUUUGGGUACUUCUAAUUUUUAUUUUUCUCUUUGUGGUUCUUACGAUUUUAAUUUUCUUAAUAGCUGACUUCUUACUUAUGUCCUUAUCUGAUCUACUGUAUUUUGCUUUUAGAGUGGUAUUCACCACUGUAAUCUGUAGUUUUUUAUCUAGUGUUUUGAGAAGUGCUGGGUCAGUUCAGCAAGAGGAAAGGAGAAAUGUUCCACUAAAAAGAGAUGAUACUUGCGUGCUUCUAAACAAGGUUUGAAUAGAGUUAAAGAACAAUUUAAUUAUUAGUCAUGUUGUAAUCUAAUAAUGGAAAAAGAAUGCCAAUUCUUAUCCAAAACCUCUACAUGGAAGAAAAAAUUAUAAUGAAAGGCUUUCAUCCUCAGCAGACUAGUACAAUAGAGCUUUAGCCAAGAUUCUGGAUUUGUUGCCUUUUUCAUUCAAAAGUUACUUUUUCUACAUAUUUAUCUAUAGUGUGAUUUAUUUGUAAUUUCUACACAUCUACAUAGCAUUCUGUUGUUAAUUAACUGUAAAGUGAAUCUCUUAAGUUUUAUUAUGUUGAAAAUAAC